AUGACCCACGGAAAUUCGAAGCCCUUCGAAUUUAUCGUAGAUCUAUGCAAGUCAUUCCAACAAAGCCCGGGAGGUCAACGAAACGGGAGUGUCAUUAGUGGGAGCGAUGUGAGCAGGGGCCGGAUAGUUCGAAGCGGCUAUGGCAAACUUUGCAAGUCCGACUGGGCUCCUCGCCUCUUCUUCUCUUCCUCCCUCCUCCAUUGUCUUACCGCCCUCGCCAUUUCUCUCCCUCUGAGACUACAACCUUUGAUGCCCUGCUAUUUCCGCACUUGUCUACACCCGGACAGCAAGUGCGAUGCAGGUCUGAGGCGGCAAUAUAUCGAAUAUUCGUCACCUUCUCACCGCUUUCUGCACGCAUAUAUCCACCUGCACACUGCGCAACGUUCCGCUAUCAGCGAGAUCAGAGCUCGCGUUCAAGAAAACUGGCCCUCCCUCGGUUUGAAGGUGGCCCAUUCAAAUAUCGGCCUGGCGGACAACCUGUUUGACAUCCCUGCUGCUGCGUGCGCCCACCACGUCGUGUUUACGUUCACGGACCGGUGCGCUCCUCUCUCCUCUUUCACCCGUGUGCUCAUCAUUGAGACGGUUACCUCGCGCCUUGCCGAUGCGCCCGCGCGUGGCGCGCCGCCUCGCGUCCCCCGCGCUUGUGCGGGAUCCCCGCCGUCGUCCGGCUCGAGCACGUCGCGUGGACGGUCCGAUGGAUGUCCUGCAACAAGUGUGCGAGAGAGGCACUCUUCACGGACUUCCCCAGGCAUGGAUGUGUCGGGAGCGUCACGCUCUUCAUGCAACUGGGUGGCACCUCCGCGGCUCGAGCAAGCUCGUCUCACCGUUCCUACGCGUGUGCACGAGGGACGUGAACAGCAAAUUGAAGGUCUUCAUUGUCGUCGUGUGCGUGCAGGCGGCGUGGGCGUUGAUGCUUACGGGGACGGCAUGCCGCACAGCGAGGUCUUGAUCGCCAGGAUCACAGAUCUCCGCAGAGCGGCCCUGUGUGAUUAUCCUACGCUCCAUGUAUACAUGUCUCUAUGUAAAAGUUACUUUGACCAAUACAAAGUUUCUUCUUGGGACCUGUUGUAUUUGAUGUGUGAACGAAGGUCAGACGGCCGACGCCGGACGGUGCCAGGAAACCUCGGAGCACUGGACAUUGGAAUGGCUUCCAAUGACUCCGAAGACAUUGCAAUGACUUGCAACCCUCCAACACAGCUAUCUAUUGAAAGUACAAAGAUUUUGUAA